AUGGAAGAUGUAUGGUAUUUGGACAGUGGUUGUAGUAACCAUAUGACUGGCAAAGAAGAUGUCUUGACUGAUAUUGAUAGGAGUAUAAUUGCAAAAGUUGCAAUGGGGACAGGACAGUUGGUAGACGUUAUUGGAAAAGGAAGCUUGAUGGUUGAAACUAAGAUGGGAAAAAUAUAUAUUAAGGAGGUGCUGCUUGUAUAUGGUCUCAAGGAAAACUUACUGAGUGUUGGACAGAUGAUGGAGCAUGGAAAUUUCCUGAUUUUUGGGGAUAACAAGACAGAAAUUUAUGAUGAUUGCUCACUCUCUAAUCUGGUGGCUAGGAUGCAAAUGAAAGGAAAUAGAAGUUUUCCUUUGAAACUUCAAACAGAUUUACAUUUUGCAUUAAAAGCAAAUGAAGUCUUUUCCAAAAGAGGCAACAAGCAGGGUCACAACUCCACUGGAAUUGAUGACUGUACUCGAAUGUGCUGGAUGUAUUUCUUGAGAUACAAAUAUGAGGUAUUCAAUGUGUUUAAGAAGGUUAUGGCUGCUGUUGAAUUGCAAAGUGGAUAUAAGCUUAAUAAAUUGAGAAGUGACAGAGGAGGAAAGUAUACCUCCAAUGAAUUUAACAGAUUCUGUGAUGAAAUGGGGAUGGAAAGGCAACUUACAGUGGCAUAUUCACCACAGCAGAAUGGUGUGGCUGAGAGAAAGAACAGGACCAUAGUGGAGAUGGCUAAGUGCAUGAUGUUUGACAAGAGUAUGCCACUUGAGUUUUGGGCAGAAGCUGUCAAUACUGCAGUGUACAUUCUAAAUAGAUGUCCAACUGAAGCCUUGGAAAAGAAAACGCCAUUUGAAGCCUGUAGUGGAAAAAAAUCAGGAAUUAAACACUUAAGAGUGUUUGGUACUCUGUGCUAUGCACAUGUCCCAAACCAACAGAGGCAGAAACUGGACUUGGCAAGCAAAAGGUGUGUGUUUCUAGGAUAUGGCAGUUGUGAGAAGGGGUAUAGACUGUACAAUCUUGUCACUGGAAAGGUGAUUAUCUCAAGAGAUGUGGUAUUCAAUGAAGAUGCUAGUUGGGAUUGGAAUGCACAGCAAGAAUGCAGUGUUUCAGUUCCACUCACUGAAAUGAUGUCUAAAAAGGAGGAAGAAAUCAAUGACACAACUGUGAUGCAAGCUGAAAGCUUAGUUGCAAAUGAUGUAUUAUUAGAAGACAAUAAAAAAGAAUCUGCAGGAAUUGACACAGGUGCACAUGAUAUUGAUCACACUCCAUUGAAAUACAAAAGUCUUACAGAGGUAUAUGAGAGAUGCAAUAUAUGUAUUAUUGAACUAGAAACUUUUGAAGAAGCUAUCAAAGAUGCAUCAUGGCAAAAGACCAUGGAAACUGAACUUGAGAUGAUUGAGAAGAAUGAUACUUGGGAAUUGGUAAAAAGGCCGUCUGAUAAGCCUAUAGUUGGAGUCAAAUGGAUCUAUAAAGUCAAGCUAAAUCUUGAUGGGUCAGUUCAAAAAAACAAAGCAAGGCUAGUAGCUAAAGGCUACACUCAAAAGCCUGGAAUAGACUUCAACGAGACAUUUGCACCAGUUGCUCGACUUGAUACAGUAAGAACAUUAAUUGCUUUAGUUGCACAGAAAAGGUGGAAGCUAUUCCAGUUAGAUGUGAAGUUGGCAUUCUUAAAUGGAGUGCUACAUGAGGGAGUGUAUGUGGACCAACCUCCAGGAUUUGUGAUUAAAAACAAGGAUGAUAGAUUUUAUAGACUUAAGAAGGCCUUGUAUAGUCUUAAACAAGCUCCAAGAGCUUGGUAUGAAGAAAUCAACUCAUAUUUCACAGCAGUAGGAUUUCAGAGAAGUCCUAGUGAGGCUGCAUUAUAUGUGAAAACUGCAAAAAGUGGAAUUCUCAUAGUUUCACUAUAUGUAGAUGAUAUUAUCUACACAGGAAGUUCAGAAGAGUUGGUAAUGAGUUUUAAAAUUGAAAUGAUGAAGAAAUAUGAAAUGACUGAUCUCGGAUUACUGCACCAUUUUUUGGGUUUAGGUGUGAUACAAACUGAGUCCUCCAUCUUCUUGCAUAAGAACAAAAUACGCAAGAGCACUACUGGACAAGCUGAUGACAGGGUGCACAGACAGAUAGUUGGAAGCUUAUUAUAUCUGACAGCAACAAGGCCAGAUAUCAUGUUCACUGCAAGUCUCUUAGCUAGAUAUAUGCAUGGACCUACAAGGAAGCAUAUGGGGACUGUCAAGAGAGUACUUAGAUACAUUCAAGGCACUCUUGACUAUGGCAUAGCAUAUGAGAAGGGAAAAGAAGUAAUGCUUGUUGGAUAUUGUGAUACUGAUUGGUCAGGAUGUGAAGAUGAUAUGAGAAGUACUUCUGGCUAUGCUUUUCAUCUUGGAUCAGGUGUUUUCUCUUGGGCAUCAGUCAAGCAAAGCAGUGUAGCUCUAUCCACUGUAGAGGCAGAAUAUCUUAGUGCAGCAUAA